UUCGCUUUUGCUCUACACUAUACUCUACGACUACAUUUACCGGAAACCUCACACAGGUCUUUCUGUAGUAUUACGCCAAUCGUUUACACCCAGGCGAGUGACAGGACAACCGCCACGCCCGUCCCCCGGGCCUCUACCAUAGCACUUGGAGGUGUUCACGGGUUUCUCGUGACUCCAAUCCAGCACCAAAAAUGGGUGUUUUUUCAAACCCAUUGCGGUCUCGCGAGAACCGCACGGGCAGAUUACCAAAAUACGAGCAACUCAGUCCUCUGCGCACCAAGGAGCGCCUCUCGAACGAUGACGACGACUACUACUCGUCCGACGACGAAUCGGAAGACUACUCGACAUCCUCCUCGCCGAGUGCGAAGAGCUCACGGCAGACUUCAGGAUCGCUCUCGAGCGCGGCCAUGAUGCUUCCGAAGCGGGCUCUCGCGACAGCCCGCCGCCCGCGUACCCACCUUUACCGUUUCCCAAACCGAAUCAUCCGAUACCUGUGCUUAGGACUGCUUACGUUUAUGGUGGUCAUGAUCAUGUCUCUGGUACGCGCAAGUCACGUUGAGAACAAGAUGAUCAUCGAGGGCAAGGUAGAGAAGAAGCCAGAUCCUCCGCCGGUAUGGGAGUCCUUUGGCUUCAUUCAAAGGUACUACGGAGGUGUUCGAUCUAUAGUCGCCCCUUCCAAGUACAUUCCCUCGUACCCACGCUCCUCAGACGAACUUCCCUUGGACCAGCUCGACAUCAACACCACCGUCACCACGACGAGCGAGGAUGGCAAGGACGACGCCGUCAGACGCGCUGUGCCCAAGAGCAAGGAGUUCAUCGAUCACCCUGGCUCCAUUUUCGUGACAAAGCCUGAGAAGAUGAAUGAAUGUUUUAUCGACAAGGACAACAAAGUUCGCGUCCCGCCCAUUCGAUACCUCGAAGGCCGCCCUCAAGGAUUCCCCCAGCACGUUGAAGGCUCUUACGAUCUACUCAACUUGCCUGAAGAUAUCUGCUACGAACGAUUCGGACGCUACGCGCCCUACGGUUUUGGAUACUCCGUCCCCGCUGGAGGUCUCGGAAUUGGCGAGCACGGCGAGAAGGAAGGUUCCGAUGCUGUGUGGGAGAAGACCCCUCAGGUGGACUGGCGCCAAGUCGAUUGGGCAGAUGCUCAGCGCCGGUGCUACCAGUCGAACAACGAGAGAUUUAAACCAAUGCCCCCCAAGACCCCCGCCGCGCGUGGUUUCUUCGUCGACGAACCUGCCCAAAAUGCCACCUUGGUGACGCGCGACCCUCUCGACAACUUGGAGCCCGGCACCAAAGCCACCGAUUCAGAUACGAAAGCCGAACAAGAGCAAAAGCCCAAGGAGAAGAUGUCCCGUACAGCUGUAGUGAUUCGUGUUUGGGAUGAGUACAACUGGCGCGAGGAGGACAUUAUGAACGUUCGCUCAGUCAUUUCCGAAUUGGCAUUGGCUUCAGGCGGACGCUAUGACGUCCAUCUCCUCGUUCAGAUCAAGAACGAUGCAGCACACCCCGUCUGGGCCGAUCACGAAGUUUACGAGCGCCGUAUCAAGGAGCGCAUUCCCGAGGAGUUCAGAGGCCUGGUGACGCUGUGGACAGAGACGCAGAUGUUGUCUCUGUACCAGGGCAUCUUCGAUCUCUACACUCGUGGACCUGACUUGCCAGUUCACGGAGUCUACCGCGGUCUCACUAUGGCUAUGCAAUACUUCGGCUACCAGCACCCCGAGUACGACUUCUACUGGUCCUGGGAAAUGGACAUCCGCUACACUGGCCACUACUACGACCUCUUCUCCAAGAUGGAGAACUGGGGCAAGGAGCAACCACGAAAGGGAAUGUGGGAGCGUAACUCUCGGUUCUAUAUUCCCAGUGUCCACGGUUCUUGGGAGGACUUCAGACAGAUGGCUCGUGUUCAGUCUGAGAUGGGAACAGAUGGCGCUGAUAACGUUUGGAAGAACAUUCCUGGCGCGAAGCCUAAGGAGAACCAAGAUCCCACCAAGAUUACACGAGGCGAGAAGACCAUCUGGGGACCUGAGCGCCCUACCAAUGAGGAUGACUGGUUCGAGAUCGAGAACGACCCUAAGCCGCCCACCACGUACGAGAAGGACAAGUACACUUGGGGUGUUGGCGAAGAAGCCGACUACAUUGCCUUUAACCCCAUCUUCGACCCUGAGGGAACCACUUGGUUGCUGUCAGAGGACAUUACCGGAUACAACAAGAACAACCGGGACGAGCCUAUGCCGCCCAGAAGAGCCCACAUCAUCACGGCUUCGCGCAUGUCCCGCCGCUUGCUCAUGACGAUGCACCGCGAGACUGCUUUCAAGAAGCACUUUGCCUUCCCAGAAAUGUGGCCUGUUACCGUCGCUUUCCAGCACGGCUACAAGGCAGUAUUUGCGCCUCAUCCCAUGUAUGUCGACAGAGAAUGGCCCACGGAGUAUCUGGCCCAGGUCCUCAACGGCGGCAAGAACGGAGCUAGCGGUGGUGCUCGUACCGCAGUGUUUGGUCAGCGUGAGCACAAUCUCCGUGGUCUCAGCUGGUUCUACAACUCGGGCUUUGCUCCCAAUCUGUACCGUCGCUGGCUCGGCCUCAAAGUCAACAAUGAUGGUGGCGAGGAGUUCGAGAAGACGGAAGAUCUGAGCAAGGAUGGGUCCAGUGUUGGCCAGAUGCGUGGUGGUGAGGGCCGUAUGUGUCUGCCUCCAAUGCUCAUUCAUCCUGUCAAGGGAGUUGAUAUUCCCGUGGAGAAGAUACCCGAAGAGACAAAGGAGAGCGUUCCUGAGUCUGAUCCGAACGCAUGAACAUGAGGAGGCGGCCUUGGAGGUGUAUGAAGCAUGACCUGUUUGCGUUGCACUUGGUGCUGUUUUACUCUUAUUUCAAGGGCUACAUUUGGGACAUACAGAUGGUACGG